AUGUCAACUUUCUCACCUGCAGGCGCAUCAACUAACAGCAAUAUUCCCGCUGGGAACUGGCAAGGAGAUCUACUUGUUAAAUUGUUAGUGAGAGAUAGACGAGAAAAGGCAUUUACGGAUUUUGUUGAGUCUUACAAUUCACUCGUUCAGAAACUUGGGAAAUUCGCGGACAGGAAUGCUGAAUUGGAACAAUCAGAAAAGUCUGCAACAGAAAAGCAUUCAAAUUUAUCACGAGAGGUAGAGAUCUUAAGAGAACAAGGGAGUCCAUUAAAUCAAAAGAAAACUGCAGAGUUAGAACAGCAAAUACAAGCUCUCAAAGACGAACGUACAGAAUUGUAUAAAACACAAGGAAAGAAUGCACAACGUUUAUUAGAUUUGAAUGAUAGUUUACGAGUUCAUGAAGAAACAGAAAAGAGGAAUCAUGAGGAAGUUCAAAGAUUGACAGAAUUAAAUCAAGCACUUACCGCCAAGGUGGAUCUCCAAGUUCAAGUUCUGCGUGAAAAAGAUAUUACAAUACAGUUGUUGCAAGAUGAGUUGGCAACUUUGCAAUUAGAAAUAGGGAAAAUUGACGAGCGUAUGAGAGAUUUAGAAAGAGAAAAUGGUCAACUUUUACAACGUUGGUUGAGAAAGAUGAAUGAAGAAGCCGAGAAAAUGAAUGAGGCAAAUCAAUUUUAUGAGAGUGCUCUGGAGGUUCAUGCUAAAGCUUUAGAAUUUCAAAGCGGAGUUGUCAUUGUUGACAAAGAAUUUACUCCGAUGAACAAUGUACCAAAAUCAAUCACAUUUCCUGAAGCUGGCACUGGUACUAUAAGGUGGUAUAAAUAUCUUAACUCUAUUUAUCUUGUCAUAUUGUCCAUGAUUUUCACCUGCACACCACAUGAUGGCGAGAUUCAUUCAAUUGUAUCAUCUUAUGAUGGAACUAUGUUUGCCACGGGCAGUGCUGAUAAAACUAUAAAAAUUUUUGAUUCUACAACAGGUCAAGUGAAACAGACGCUAUCGGGGUCGAUACAAUCCGUCAUGCAUGUAUCUUUCAAUAAUACAAACGAAAUGGUCGCUGGCGCUUCAAAUGACAAUGCUGCAAGAUUGUGGCAUUUAAAAACUGGUCGGAUAAGGCUCACCUUAACUGGUCAUGUUGGGAAAGUAUAUUCUGCUAGAUUCAAUGGAGAUUCUACUAAAGUGAUCACAGGCAGUCACGAUCGUACAGUUAAAGUUACGACACUUGUGAGUGGCCAUUUGGAUAACAAUUUACGUUUCUGGGAUGUACGGUCCGGAAAAGAUAUUAAGGAAUUGACUGGCAUUCAUUUGGGACAAAUUACUUCUGUUUCAGUUUCUCCAGAUGGUUCCAAAGUUUUAACUAAUUCUCGAGAUAACACACUCAAGAUAGUUGAUCUUAAAACUUACGAAGUUGAACAAACGUUACACGCUGAUGGAUAUAAAACUGGCGCCAAUUGGGCUCGAUCUUGCUUUAGUCCUGAUGGUAGAUAUGUGGCGGCGGGUUCAUUAGAUGGGACAAUUUUCUACUGGAAUACCCAGAAAUCAAAAUUGGAGAAGACAACAAAAGAACAUAUUGCACCUAUAUGUGGUGUGUCUUGGAGUCCACAAGGUGGACAACUAUUUAGUGCAGAUAAGGAUCGAACAGUAUGUAUGUGGGCAGGGUUAAGGUGA